AUGUCUGCUUCGAAACAAAAAAGAUUGUCGCUUGAAGAAAAAGUUAAAAUUUUCAAUCGUUUAGAUGCUGGUGUGACGGCAAGUCGUGUAGCGUUCGAUUUCGACAAAAAAGAAAGUGAAUUCAAUGCGAGUGACGGCUGGUUAACCAAAUUCAAACGUCGAUUUGGAAUGCGUUUUUUGAAAGUAUGUGGGGAAAUAUUAUCUAGUGACACCACUUCAAUUACACCAUUUAUAAAUAGUUUGCGCGCAAAAAUGAAUGAAAUGAAUGUCACUAAUCAACAGUUAUACAAUGCAGACGAAUCGGGACUCUUUUACCGACUUUUACCAGACAAAACAUACGUUGCCGCUUGCGAAAAAACCGCCCCAGGACGAAAAAUUCAGAAACAGCGCAUUACAUUUAUGUUAUGUUCAAACGCCGAUGGAUCAAAUAAAAUCAAACCGCUUGUGAUUGGAAAGGCGGCAAAACCACGCUGUUUUAAUAAUUUCCAAAACCCGCUAAACUAUGAUCAUUCGGCCAAUGCUUGGAUGACAAAAAAAAUAUUCAGCAAUUGGUUCCACAACGAAUUCGUCAAAGAAGUGCGACGUUUUAGUGCCGAAAACAACAUUCCACCGAAAGCAAUUCUCUUAUUGGAUAAUUGUAGCGCACAUUCACCGAUUGAUUCAUUUUGCUCUGACGACGGAAAUAUUGUGGCAAUGUCCCUUCCACCGAAUGUGACAGCCGUCAUCCAGCCAAUGGACCAAAAUCCAAUAAAAAUAGCAAAACUGAAAUAUCGAAAUAUGCUGUUGUCGAAUAUUGUCGCUCAAGAAGAUGCAUCGGUUCAUGAUAUGCUAAAAAGGCAUUCAAUUCGUGAUGCAAUCUUAAUGUUGAAGUCAGCAUGGAAUGAUUUACCCCAAACCGUAUUGGAGAAGGCAUGGAACCAAAUUUUAAAUUGGGACGAUGACCAAUUUGAUAAAGAAGAUGAUCUGCCAUUGUCAGAGCUGCUUUCAAAUCUUGAUUAUGAGCGUGAAAUUGAAGACACUAGACAAUUACUUUUGAAAUUGGGUGUCGGUACCAGCUUAUCAACCGAUGAAAUUGAGGGAUGGAAUGCUGAUAUGAUCGAUGAAGGUGAUUUGAAUGAUAUCGAUAUUGAAGAAAUGGAAUCUGAUGAAGAUAUUGCGGAUGGUGAAGCUGUUUGCUCGAAUCAACCCAUUCCUUAUUUAGAUGCAAUAAGUGCGGUCAACACUCUAAUCAAAUGGAACGAGCAAAAUGUAGAAUGCACAAAUAAGCAUAUGGCAAACUUGUUCGAACUGCGUUCAGACAUCGUUAAAAAACAAUUAUCGAAACCACAAAAACAAUGUAUUCUUACUGAUUACUUCACUCGUUCAAACACAUGAAAUGUUAUUUUUUAGACUAAAACAUUAAAGAAAGUUAAUGCAAUACGCUGCAGUUGUCAAUGAUUGCUUCAAAUAAGAUUUUCAGCUUAUUUUCAGCCGAUUUUAAAAAACGUCCAGAAAUCUUAAAAAUUCGGAAAACUUAAACAGCCAAAUGACAAACAGGUUAAGAUUUC